ACACAAACAAAAACAACGGCGCGGAAGACACAGGCUCGACGAGCGCACGAAAUCGCGGAAAUUCGCCUCUCUUUCGCCUGGAACAUAACGGUCGCGGGAAAUUCUGUUCUGCGCUGCGGAAAAUCGUCGGAUCGCUGUAUCCAACGCCGAUAAAAAUUAGUGAAUGAAAAGUGCGAGAACACGGCGAGUACCGUGGAAUACAAGGAGUUGCAAUAGCAGAAUAGAGCAGAUUCCACCAAAUACAAGUGCGGGCGAUUUGCGUGUGCGGAGUGCCCCCGCCUGUGUGUGUGUAUGCGUGUGUGUGUGGAUUCACCGUAAAUAAAUAAAUAAAAUUCGUGCACACACACACACUGUGUGUGUAUUGUACACAGUGCACAGUGCACAGCAUGUUGUGAAGUUGCGGCGCAGAAGGAAAGCACGCGAAUAAAACAUAGAAAAUUUAAUUACGCCUGCGUCCGGGAAAGUGCGUCGUUCUAUUUUGAAAUCGAUACCAAAAUACAAAAUAUAGCAAAAGUAGGUGACAAGGCAGCAACGACAAUGCCCAGCGGCAACAACAACCUGGCAGAGAGUUCGGCGACGACUAAAUGCAUCAUUGAGAUCACGUGAAACGAUCAUCGAGUGCCGCGAAGGUGUGAAAGUAAAAAUCAUGUGAAAAAUGUGAGAAAUAGUGAGGAAUGCUAUGUGACAACAACCACAGAUACUUGCAAACAAAAGAUCAAGAGAGCAACAGCAACCACAACAACAACGAAGGCGACGAGAAAAUCAAGAAAAAUGAUAACCUAAAUAAAUAAAAUUGCUAGUCAGAUCAUCAAACAAAAAAUAAAAACAACACAAGCCAGGGAAUGAGACCAGAGAAUGAGAGAGGGAAAUUAAGUUAUAGAAGUGAUCCGAUUCCGAACCCCCGAGUGCAUUUUCUCCCCCCAAUUCCUACCUCUCAGCUCCACGGUUUUCCCCGAAUCUACUAUUUUUCGGGUUUUCAUUUGCCACCGGUGAAAGCUUUCGCCAAAGGCUGGUAGGAAAGUGCAAAGGCAGCAGUGAAGAAAAAUAUUAUCAAAACGUGUUUGAAAUUUAUAACAAUAAAGAAAUGCGAGAGAAGGAGGCAUAUAGUGUCUCUGCCAUUCAUUGUUCUCGCCUGAGGUGCUCUGAGUGGAGCGAAUAAAUAACAAUCUCACUACGAGUGUACAACUCAAAAAGUCGCUAAAGCGGAAAUAAAUAGAGGGAAAAGCGGAGAAAAAUUGCAUUCCAAGUGACGACAACAGGAAAAACGCCCCUAGAAGAAAAACUGAAAAACUAAAGUCUAAAACUGAAUUUUGUGGCUCGUUUUUAGCUGCAAGGGCUUGCGAGGGCGGGAUGAAAGAUGAUCACCUAGCGGAGUGCGAAAGAGAAGCCUCCGAAAAGCCAGCAACUGCAGGAAAAUGCAACGUUAAUAGUAACAAACACCGGAAUAUGUUCAAUAUGCAACGGCAAGUGACAAAAACUAAGUUAAAGCGGGAGAAAAUCGAGAUGGAAAACAACGAGAUGGCGGCCUCAACUACGACUGUUACGCCUGGCCACAUUUGUGUUUUGUGUCGAAGGGAAAUGUCCUUCCAUCCGCCAUUCAGGCAAAACGAUGAAAUGUUGCGGGCAACAUGUUGCUGUGAGCAAGCAGUCGAACGAAGUGAGACACCCGCAAGCAGUGAGGAGACUAACAGCACCCGCAGCUGUAAAGUUAACAUGGCAAGCAGUGUGUCAAGCAGUUGGGGCUCUAACGACUAUUUGAACAAGGAUUUUGAAUGCUUCGUUGGAUUCUCCCUUUUUCAAGUGAUACGGGAUGGUCCAUCGGAAAUUGCAACCUGUUCGCAAAGGCGGUGCCAAGCCAGUGUGGAAACUGGCAAUCGCAGCCACGUGGGCAGCACGAAAAACAAUCGAACGCAGCGCGAAAAGUUCAACAUCUUCAGCAAUUGUCACAACAUACUGCGAACACUGCAAUCGCUGUUGCUGCUCAUGUUCAACUGCGGCAUUUUCAACCGGCGCCGCAGGCGACAGCAGCAGCAGCAGCAGCAGCAGCAGCAUCAGCAGCAAUCGAAUGUAAAUUACACAAAAUUCCUAUUGCUGUUACAAACGCUGGCAGCAGCAACCACAAGACUGAGCCUAGGCCCUAACCACAACAACCAGCAACAACUAAAACAUAAUCAACAGCUGCCACGUGCCACACCACAACAACCAACGAAAGAACAACCAGAGCCUCGAGAGCGGUUUCAUCACUACAAGCGCCAUUUUCGUCAUUGGAACAAUAGUCUGAUCUGGAUACUAGCCCUCAAUCUUAUGGCCCUGCACGCCACUGCAUCCGUCGUGUUGCCUCAGCAAGCGCAGCAUUUGCAACGCAACAGCAUAGCCGACAGUAUGGAUAGUACGGCGCUGGAGGUGUCCGCCCAUUCGCGAUCGACCAGGAGCAAUUCUAACGAAAAAAUGCGAUUGUCAACGGCUGCGAAACCUUGUAAAUCGAUUGAUAUUAGGAACACUGCGUCGGAUUUCAAUCAGCUGGAGAACUGCACCAUCAUCGAGGGCUUCCUGCUGAUCAACCUGAUCAACGACGCCGGCCCCCUGAACAGAUCCUUUCCGGAUCUCGUCGAGGUCACCGACUUCAUUGUGGUCUACCGGGUGACCGGGCUGCACUCGCUGUCGCAGGUCUUCCCCAACCUGAACGUCAUCAGGGGCCUCUCUCUACUGGACGGAUACGCCCUGAUAGUCUUCUCCAAUGCGGACCUCUUGGAUCUGGGGCUGCCCAGGCUGCGGUCCAUUACGAACGGGGCCGUUCGCAUCGAGAGGAAUCAUAAAUUGUGUUUCGAGAGGACAGUCAACUGGGAGAAUAUUAUUGCGAAUGAAAAUCAGUCGCAGAUCGUUCUCACCGAGAACAGCAACGACUGCCAGCUUUCCAAGUGUCCGGGGGAGAUCAGAAUGGGAAGUGGCCACGAUUCCACAGCAGUGGAACGCGAUCUGGGCCCCAGGUGUCCCGAGCACAAGAAUCAGCGGCUCUGCUGGGACAGCAAAAACUGCCAGACAAUUUGUCCCGCGGAGUGCAAAAACAACUGCAUCGAUGAGAAAACCUGCUGCCACAAGGACUGUUUGGGCUGCGUGAGAGAUAAAAAUGGCAAGGAGAGCUGCAUCAGCUGUCGAAAUGUGUCGUUAAAUAACGUUUGCCUGGACAUCUGUCCGGUUGGCUACUUUGUGCGCGACAGCCGCUGCGUUACGGAGAGGGAGUGCCUCGCUUUGACCAAGUUCGAGAAGGGCAAGGAGCUGAACGGCAUCCCCUACAACGGAAGCUGUUUGAUCCGCUGUCCGCAGGGCUACAAGUAUGUGGACGGCAAAAUUCCGUGCGAGCCAUGCCCGGACGGCAGGUGCGACAAGGAGUGCGUCGCCGGUCUCAUCGACAGUUUGCAGCGCGCGCGGGAGUAUGUGGGCUGCACCAUAAUCACAGGGGAAGAGCCCCUGACGAUCAGCGUCAAACGUGAAAGCGGUGCCAACGUCAUGGAUGAUUUGGAAAAGAACUUGGGUGAAAUUCAUACCAUUCGAUCCUCGCUAAUGGUUCACCUGACCUACGGAGUGAAAUCGCUGAAGUUCUUCAAAUCCCUAACCGAAAUUAGCGGCAACCCGCCGAUGGAGUCGAAGAGGUUCGCCCUGUACGUGCUGGACAAUCGCGACCUCGAGGAGAUCUGGCCUGCGAAUCAAACGGUGUUCAUCAGGAAUGGCGGCGUCUUCUUCCACUUCAACCCGAAACUGUGUGUGGCCACGAUCAACAAGCUGCUGCCCAUGCUGGCCUCCAAACCCACGUCGUUCGACAAGCGCGAUGUGGCCACUGACUCGAACGGAAAUCGCGGAUCUUGUGGAACCGAAGUGCUGACAGUCACAACCAUAAGCGUGGGAUCGACCGCUGCGCGCUUGAAUGUCACGUCUCGGGUGGAAUUGGGCGAGCCCCGCGAGCCGACCAAUGCGACAGUGAUUUUUAAGGACCCUCGGGCCUUCAUCGGCUACGUCUUCUAUCACACAGUAUACCCAGAGGGGUUUCCACCAAAGAGCGAGGACGAUCCCUGCGAUAAGCGCUGGGAAGUCAGUGCCCCGGACAAGAGCGGCGAGCUGAUUUUGUCCGACCUGCACCCCUUCACCCGGUACGUCUACUACGUCCGGACCAUGGCCAUAUCCUCGGAGUUGACCAACGCGGAGAGUGCACUGCAGGAGUUCAAGACAAACCCGGGCCGACCUUCGAUGGUGACCGACUUCGUGGUCACCGCCAUCUCUGACUCGAAAAUUAACGUGACCUGGACCUAUACGAAUGACCCCAAGGGCGUGCUCACACGCUUCUUUAUAAAAGCAAAACUGAUCAAUCGACCAUUCCGGAACAAUAACCGAGACUACUGCUCCGAACCUCUGGAAAAGGCCAUGGAAAAUGAUAUGCCGGCCACGACGCCCGUGAAGAAGCCAGACAAGUCGUUGGGUGACUGCGAAUGCGAUGGAACUGCGAAGAAGUCCGGUAAAAAGGAAUUCGACGACCGCAAUACCCAGGCCAGCAUGGAGUUUGAGAACACGCUGCAGAACUUUGUGUUCGUUCCGAACCAGGGGAGGAACAGGUCGGGAUCACCUGACAAGUCGAAAGAUUCUGGAGGUGCGGGCCUCGAUUCCAAUGCGAUCCCCAACGGUGGAGCCAAGAAUUCUGCCCGCCAGAGACGGCACCUGCCAGAGUUCGAUUCCACGGGCGGCAGUGUGCUGCUCCGCCAUGUGCGGUCCAUGGCCGCCGACACCAAGACGAAGGACAGCGAGGACACGUUCAAGGACCACGAGAUCCUGUCCGCCAACAAAAAGUUCUACGAGGUGUUUGCCCGGGAGUUGCCGGUCAAUCAAACGUACUUUGUCUUCGAUAACUUGCGCCACUUCACUCGCUACUCCGUCUACGUGGUGGCCUGUAGACAGGAGAUCCCCAGUGAAAGAAAUUUGAAUAAGCUGGCGGGGCCGCCUCAGCUUUGCAGCGAUUACGAAAGCAUCUUCCAAACGACCAAGAAGAGGGAUCAAGCUGACAAUGUCACCAAACUGCAAGUAGUCUUGGAAAACGCCAACAACACGGAGUCCUCGGUGCGCCUUAGCUGGGAUCCACCAGUCGAUCCCAAUGGCGAGAUCGUCACCUACGAAGUGGCCUACAAGUUGCAGAAGCCGGAUCAGGUGGAGGAGAAGAAGUGCAUCCCGGUGGCGGACUACAACCAGACCGCCGGCUAUCCACUGAAGCUCAACGAGGGCCUGUACAGCUUCAGGGUACGAGCGAACUCGAUAGCGGGAUACGGCGCCUGGACGGAUUUCAAAUACAGAGAAGUGGAGCCUCCGCCGAGCUACGCAAAGUACUUUAUCUGGUCGUCGGGAAUCGCAGGUGCCCUGUUGAUUAUCUUCCUGAUGGCCUAUGUGCGCCACCUGCGCAAGCGGGGUCCCUCCAACGACCUGCACAUGAACACGGAGGUUAAUCCGUUCUAUGCCAGCAUGCAGUACAUACCCGACGACUGGGAGGUGCUGCGGGAGAACAUCAUUCAGUUGGCUCCCCUGGGCCAGGGCUCCUUUGGCAUGGUGUACGAGGGUAUACUGAAGUCGUUUCGUGGCAAUGGCGAGGACAUGGAGUGCGCCAUCAAGACGGUCAACGAGAACGCCACGGAUCGCGAGCGAACCAAUUUCCUGAGCGAGGCCAGCGUUAUGAAGGAGUUCGAUACCUACCAUGUGGUGCGACUGCUGGGCGUCUGCUCCAGGGGCCAGCCCGCCCUGGUGGUCAUGGAACUGAUGAAGAAGGGCGACCUCAAGUCCUACCUGCGGGCCCAUCGCCCCGAGGAGCGGGAUGAGGCCAUGAUGGCGUAUCUCAACCGCAUUGGGGUGACCGGAAACGCCCAGCCUCCGACCUAUGCAAGGAUCUACCAAAUGGCCAUUGAGAUUGCGGAUGGCAUGGCCUAUUUGGCGGCCAAGAAGUUCGUGCAUCGAGAUCUGGCAGCUCGUAACUGCAUGGUGGCCGAUGAUCUGACAGUGAAGAUCGGUGACUUUGGCAUGACGCGGGAUAUCUACGAAACGGACUAUUACCGCAAGGGCACCAAGGGUCUGCUGCCAGUGCGCUGGAUGCCGCCGGAGAGCUUGCGAGAUGGCGUCUACUCCAGUGCCAGUGAUGUGUUCAGCUUCGGCGUGGUGCUCUGGGAAAUGGCCACCUUGGCGGCUCAGCCAUAUCAGGGACUUUCCAACGAGCAAGUGCUGCGCUUCGUCAUGGAUGGUGGCGUUAUGGAAAGGCCGGAAAAUUGCCCGGACUUACUCCACAGACUGAUGCAAAGGUGCUGGCAUCACAGGUCUUCGGCCAGACCAAGUUUUCUGGACAUCAUUGCGUACCUCGAACCGCAAUGCCCAAGUUCGAAGUUUAAGGAUGUGUCCUUCUACCACUCGAAUGUGGGUUUGCAGCAUCGGGAGAAGGAGCGCAAGGAGCGCAACCAGAUGGAUGCAUUCGCGGCGGUUCCGUUGGAUCAGGAUAUACAGGACCGGGAUCAGCAGGAGGACACCACACCGCUGCGAACGGGCGAUUAUCAGGGCUACAAAUCAAACAUGGAGCAGAACUCAUCCUUGGAUCAACCGGCUGAGAGCCCCAUCGCCUUGGUCGAUGAUCAGGUCACCCACUCGCCUUUCAGCCUGCCGUCGGGAUUCAUAGCGAGCAGCACUCCCGAUGGCCAAGCUGCGAUGCCGACCGCUUUCCAGAAUCUGCCACCCAUGCAAGGUUCGGACUUUACCGCCUACGUGCAACCGGAUGCGGACGCUUUGGCCGGCGACCAGGGAUACGAGCUCUACGAUCCGAGUCCGAAGUGCGCGGAGCUGCCGACGAGCAGAAGUGGCAGUACAGGAGGCGGAGGCAAGCUCAGUGGAGAGCAGCAUUUGCUGCCCAAAAAGGGCCGGCAGCCCGUCAUCAUGAGCAGUUCCAUGCCGGAUGACGUGAUCGGUGGAUCCUCGCUGCAGCCCUCGACGGCCUCGGCGGCCAGCUCCAAUGCAAGCUCCCACACAGGGCGCUUACCUAGUCUCAAGAGAGCAGUGGCGGACACGUUCCGCAAUCGGGCCAACCUCUUCAAUCGCCAUGUGCUCAACCACAAGCGAACGGGCAGCAAUGCCAGCCACAAGAGUAAUGCCUCCAAUGCCCCGAGUACCAGCAGUAACACCAACCUCACCAGUCACCCGGUCGCCAUGGGCAAUCUGGGGACCAUAGAGAGUGGUGGCAGUGGUUCGGCUGGCAGCUACACAGGCACUCCCCGCUUUUACACGCCAACUGCCACGCCCAGCGCAGGAGGAGGCGGUGGUAUGGCCAUCAGCGACAAUCCCAACUACAAAUUGCUGGACGAAUCGCUGGCCAGCGAACAGGCCACCAUCCUGACCACCAGCAGCCCCAAUCCGAAUUACGAGAUGAUGCACCCGCCCAGCAGUCUGAUCAGCACCAACCCGAACUAUGUGCCCAUGAAUGAGCCACCUGUUCAGAUGGCCGGGGUGACCAUCAGCCACAAUCCGAAUUACCAGCCCAUGCAGGCGCCUCUGAACGCACGCCAAAGCAGCUCCGACGAGGACAACGAACUGGACGAGGAGGAUGACGACGACGAGGACGACGAUGUGGAUGACGAGCAUGUGGAGCACAUCAAGAUGGAGCGCAUGCCACUGAGUCGGCCCAGGCAGAGGGCGGUGCCCAGCAAGACGCAGCCACCGCGCAGCCGCAGCGUCAGCCAGACCAGGAAGUCGCCCACGAACAGCAACUCCGGCGUGGCGACGACUGGCGCGGGCAACAUGUCCAACCUGCUCAAGGAGAGCUGGCUGCGACCGGCGAGCACAACGAGGCCGCCGCCGCCCAAUGGAUUCAUCGGCAGGGAGGCGUAAUCGUUGGGAGCGUAGUGCUGUAGAACCUGUAAAUAGAUUAGCGAGGGGAGGACGCACGGGUAUAGAGUAGCAAACUUUUGCCGCAAGCCAAGCUUCCUUGACGUUGACUCUUCCCGAGACCUGCAGACUAGGGUGGCGAAGUAGUAGAAGAAUCUGUACAACCGGGAAGCAAUCUACUGUCAGUUUCUAGCAAUGAAGCCGCAAAAGUAAUGCAAUGCGAUCAUGCAAUUGAUGAGGAUUGCCUCCUCAUUUGUAUGUUUUUUAUUUUAAAUUUGUAAAAUUGAGAUUCGUAGAAUUUGUCAACGAUUAUAUAAAAAGCAAGGCUGAAUUGGUAGGAACCAGGCAAAGGGAUUGCUUACCUACAUGAAGAUUCGAGCCACCCUGACCGCACAUGUAUAAUACCAAUAGUUUCGAUUAAGCCUAUUUAUGUUUACGUAUUCGUUUAGUAUUUACUCUACUUUUUUGUUUGUUUAAAUUAAUGAACUAGAGCCGUUAACGCAAUACAAAACGAGAGCAGAGAACGAUGGUGAAAGCAGAGCAGAUAAAGCAGAGAAAACAGAAACAGAAAACAAGUCCUACAUGCAAAUAACAAAAGUACAAAAGCCAACAACCAACCAACCUAAGUACCGUUUAAAUAGACAUACAAAUUCUACCAAUUAUAGCUUAUAACUCAUACCUACUACGUAUAUUAAUUAUGAUAAUUUUUAGUACCUACCAAAUCAAAUCGCAGAGAGCGAGGCGAGCGUAAGGGUUAGAGCAGCAGAGCAGUAGAGGAAACGGAAGCGGAAGCGGCACAACAGCAAACACGGAAAUAGACGAACUAUGCAGCAGCAACAAGCAAUACAAAAACAAAACAAAACGAAACAAAACAACAACUGUCUUCACUGAGUUAGCUAGCGAUAGUUAUAGUUAUCCAAAUACCUACCUAAACGUAACUAAAUCUAAACGUUACUCAGCUAAUUUUAGAAGCAUGUCGCAAUGCCAUGCAGUUUUAGCGCCCUUACCCCUGAUUUUUAUUUAUACAUACGCCUACGCCUACGAUUAUUUUAAGCAAGUGCGAGCAAGUGUUGCUUGAUUGUUCAUAAUUCGCCCCUGGUUUCUCCUCUUUUUUAUUGCGUAAUUGUAAUAUUUAUUGUGAAAGUGGCAAAAGUUUGCUCUGCUCUAGAGGUACCAUCUACAUACGCGAGCAAAGGCAAGAACUUUUGUUUAAUUUUUUUUCUAAAUUAAAUUUCGUUGAAGCCAAGCUUCGGAGAGGGAGGAGAGGAGUUGGAAGGGAAGAGGAAACCAUAACGUAAUUUCACACCGAGAGCUUAACUAACUGAUGCAUCAUAAUUAUUGUAUACAAUCUGCUGUCGUUUUUAUACAGCACACGCUAUAUGCGGAAGCAAAAGCAUUUUAUGUACUAACCUAGGUAAAAGCAAAUCCUAACGAAGCAAAAACAAAACGAAAAAUCCAUAGACUCAUAUACAACAGUUUUCACUAGGCCUAAAUAAUCUGCCAUACGCCAUUAACUCAAAUAUGAACAAGAAACCGGACGGAUUUUGUUUUCUUAAUCGUUUAAUUUAAUGCCCAACAAUAGCUCGUAGGCGAAACAAUAGACAAAUUAUAUACCAUAUAUAUUUACACAUAAUUAGGAACUGAACGUGAUAUGUUUGCUGAGUGUACUAUCCUGACAGUUCUCCGACCCCUGGCAGAUUGGGUGCCAGUCCAGACCAAGCACACAACAUUCUUUUCGAAAAUCUGAAGAAAGCAAUAGCCCACUUUAGCAACAGCAACAGCAGCAACAGCAACAGCAGCAACAGCAACAGCAACAACAAAACAUUUAAUAUUAUCGACAACAACUGCAACAAAUGGAAUUUUUAAACGAAAAACAACUACAACAAAAGUAUUCGAUAUUUGCCUUCGCUCUUUAUAUUAUUAUAUAUUUAACUAUACAAACACCUAUAUUUAAUGACUAAAUGGAAGCAAAGAAACGCAAAACAGAAACGGAAGCAGAAGCAGCAUGUGCAACGUUUUUUGUUUUUAUUUUAUAGAUGCAAAGCGAAAACAAGGAAACUAAAUAUUUAAAUGAAUUAUACAAAUUACCUAGAUCGUAGGCCCUGUAAGAACGAGCAGUCGGGUGGCGAAACCUUGAACUAAUUUUAAUGUAUAGCUUAGAGAAGGAGGAAAACAACUAGUGCUAAUUAUAUAAACAAAACUGGGAAGCAAGCGAUAUUUACACUGAAAACUGAAGUAAAAAUUAUAAAAAAAACAAACAAAAUAAAAAAGAAACAAAAAGAAACAAUUAUAUUAAUUUAACUAUGUAAUACGCUAUAUGCAUAACGAAACAAUAGAUAUUCUACACAAACACACGUGCACACCGACACCCACACACCCACACACCCACACACACAUUUACAUACAUUACACACACACACACACACACACACACACACACUAAAAAGACUGAAAGAUAUAGUUCCUUUUGUUUUUAUGUACAUAAAAGAUGCGAAAAGAAAAAAGAUAAAUUCUAACAAGCGAAAUGGUAAACUUAAAGCGAUGCAAGCGCGGUGGGGCGACGUAAAAACAAUUAAUGGAAUUAUACAUUAAACGAGUAAAUUAAAGGUAAAUCAACAAAGCAGCAGAAAGCACUAUGCGGCAUCAUGUAACCUGUAUAUUUAGUAGUCGAAUUAACUAAAUUGUUGUAGCAUAAAGUGGAAGACGAGCGCUCUCGCGACAACGCCAAAUAUCAACUACUUAUAUAGCGAUAUAUAUCCGGGAUGGUUGGGCCUGGGUCGCGGCCGCUCCUCGCUGCUUAAAUGUAUAUACACGCGAACAUCUAUUUCAAUAAACAGUACCAUUAAACAAAUUAUUGUAAACUAAACACACAUAAACAUUGUAAACACACAGAAAGGAUAAAAAAUAAAAGCUUCAAUAUUUUUAUUAUUUCUAAUUAAAGCUAAUUGUAAAAAUAAUGCUAAGUUAAUUGUUUCCUGUUUGUUUAAGCAAAAUAAAAAAAAAAAAACAAAA